ACAACUCCCUAUGACACCACUGUGGAACAAACAACGACGCAGAGCACAACGGUUGAUAUAACAACUGAAGGAUUAACAACGAAAGACACAACAUCUACAUUCGAUGCAACAACUGAAGAAUCCAAAACUGAAAUAGAAACAACUGUAGAUUCUACAACGGAUUCAUUAACAACGGAGGAAAAGACAACGGUUGAUGCUACUACUAAACAAUCAACAACCGAAGAGAAGACAACUGUUCAUACAACAACCGCUGAAUCAACAACGAAAGAGAAGACAACACCUUAUGACACCACUGUGGAACAAACGACGAGGCAGAGCACAACGGUUGAUAUAACAACUGAAGGAUUAACAAAGAAAGACAAAACAUCUACUGUCGAUGUAACCACUGAAGAAUCCACAACUGAAAUAGAAACAACUGUAGAUUCUACAACGGAUUCAUUAACAACGGAGGAAAAGACAACGGUUGAUGCUACUACUAAACAAUCAACAACCGAAGAGAAGACAACUGUUCAUAUAACAACUGCUGAAUCAACAACGAAAGAGAAGACAACACCCUAUGACACCACUGUGGAACAAACGACGACGCAGAGCACAACGGUUGAUAUAACAACUGAAGGAUUAAAAACAAAAGACACAACAUCUACAGUCGAUGCAACAACUGAAGAAUCCACAACUGAAAUAGAAACAACUGUAGAUUCUACAACGGAUUCAUUAACAACGGAGGAAAAGACAACGGUUGAUGCUACUAAUAAACAAUCAACAACCGAAGAGAAGACAACU